AAUAAGUUUGUCGGAUUUACGACCGGCGAAGGGUCAGAUUUCUGUUGUGAAUUGCCCUCUUUCAUCGCAGAUUUCGACAUGAGAAGGAAUUUUUCAGGUCCGGGCGCGAGGUUUGAAAAUCUCGAUGAACCCACCCCCAUCGACCUGAGCCGUGAUCCUGCUGCUAACAUGAAAGACCUCUUAGACCAAAUCACCAGUAAAGAAAUGAUGUCAACAACAAAAAGAAUGGGUCAUAUUAAUAACUUUACAAAGUUAAUUCAAAGUGUUGGUGAGAAUGCCAACUUUGGUUACUCUCUGGAAGAUAUCAUUAAAUGCUUAAUGCUUCCACUAGUUUCAGCAGCAAAAGAACUCAGAGCAGCAGGACUGCGAGCAUUUCGUCAUCUAUUUUAUGAUGAAAAAACUCUUUCUAAAAUACUUGAAUUUAGGAUUGACAUCUUCAUUGUCAGGUCAAUGGACAUGGUUCACAAUGCCUUUGAGGUGGAACGUGUGCAAGCAUUGAGAUUCAUUCGAAAGAUAAUUGCUGUUAGUCCUCAUCUGUGUCCUAUGUCUAUGGCAGCAACUCUUGUGUCAAUUGGCAAUGAUGAAGGCGAUGAUGCUGACAGGUUACGCAAAGCUUGUGUUGCCACCCUCUGUGAACUUGCUAUAAAAAGUAUUCAGACAGCAUCAUACUGUGGUGGAAUCAAUACUAUCAUAAGAAAUGUACUGGAUUCGCAGAUGCAAAGAUUCAAUGAAUCUUUAAUGGCCACUUUAUUAUACUUGUUGAACAAUCCAGAAUCACGGCUGUACGUCCGUUCAGAUGUCGGAUUAGAGUCUGUUUUAGCUCCAUUCACUGACUUGCACUAUAGGCACAAUCCUGACACACCAGAAACACAUUUGAGGGAGGACAGGGCAAGCCGUUUGCAAGCCAGUAAAAUGGCCAUUGUUACUAUUUUUAGAUCCUGGUCAGGUGUGAUUAGCCUUUGCCGUCCUGAUGGUAAAGGAGUUCAGUCCUUGCUGGGUGUGUUUUGUUUGCCAAAUUCUGAUGUUAGGAAGGGCAUCAUGGACAUUGUAUUUGAGAUAUUUCAGCUCAAGGAGCCUGAUUGGACAGAUGACUUUAGUAUUGCUCUUCUAAGUGUUGAUCCUUGUCAAAUGCAGGAUGCCUGGAAAUUAUCUGAGGGGUUUGUGGCAGAAGAAGCAAAGGCACUUCUGCCCCACAGGGCAACUGGAAGAACAAACCUUGUGAAGAAUUACAUAGCCCUAGUGUUAGCCGCUUUCAUGAAUGCUGGAUUAUUUGAGAGUCUUGUUGAAGUUAUAACAUCAUCGGAUCCAUUCCUCUCAGUCAGAGCCACUAUUCUACUUGGCGAGCUGCUUCAUUUGGUGAGUACUGAAUUUGCAGUUCGGCUGAAACGUGAGACCAAGAAUGGUUAUUGUACUAGUCUGAGCCGUGCUAGUAUAGCAGUGAAUUGCUUGGAUCGUCUUCAUCAGACCAAGAAAAGAGGCCUUGUUCCGUGUAGCCUUUAUCUGAGCCGUAUUGUUUCUAAGGCUCACACUCUGGAGCCCAAAGUUAAAGACAAACUGCACAGAGACAGGCUGAAGGCUUGUUUAAACAAAGAGCUUGAUGAUCCACUAUUCUCGUCCCUGCGAGACACACAGGUUUUGAUGGAAAGAGAUUUCAGAAACUGGGACUGGCAUCUCAUCAGUUCAACACUGCAGUCUCCAACUGUUACUAUGAGGAAAUUGGAAGAGACUUCAAACCAGAAGUUUAUUCGAAACCUUCUGUAUUUCUACAAACCAAGUAGUCAACGUUUUUGCACGGUUCACAUAUCAGACCCUCAAGCCAGAACAUUUUCUGAAGUCGGCUGCCUGGUCAUAGACUUCCUCCUUGAUGGCGAAGAUGUUGCUGAGGGGCUUCUUCUUCGUGACCUGGUUCAAGAUAUAGGGGAAUGUCUUCAAGAGGUACUUCUUCAGCAUUCUAAGGCCUUAUCUCCUAGCAUCACAACCGGAGUCCUAAGUAACAACAAUGUCGUGAGCACGCUCAGUAGAGAUUACUUCUUGUUCCUUGGCAAACUGGCCGGAACUAAAGUGGGAUCCAAGUUGAUGGAGAGGACGGGUGUCUAUCAGUAUCUUCUGGAGUUAUGCUCCAUACCGUCACGUGACAGCCUACAGAAGUUGAUUGUAGCAAGCUUGGAUUACAGUCACACUGGUAUCCCAAGAAUAAUUCUCUCGAAAAUCCUAACAGCUUCCAGCUCGGCCACACGCCUCUACUCAACGAGUCACAUGAGGGUUCUGUUACGAGCACGUGUUGCGUUCUUCCACAGCUGGGGAAUUGAGCUUCUUGUUACACAGUUGUACGAUACUGAUAACCAAGUUGCAGUUGAGGCGGCUGACGUGUUAGAUGAAGCUUGUGAAGACGAGUAUGACUUAACAACAUACGUAACCGACAAUUAUUUCAGGUUCGUUUCGGUCGAGAGUGGGUUAAAAUAUCUGACACAAAGAGGCUACUUGCAACCCUUACUGGACAAUUGGAGGAAGGAAUAUAAUACUGCAUAUGUUCGCUGGGUCGAAGAACUGCUGGCGGAAUCACUGACGUCAUACGUGAAAAAGAGCGACGACAACACGUAUAUAAGGAGAUCAAACAAAAGGCUGGUAUUAAAAGACGCCUUUUUACCCCCUCAUUUGUAUGGACAGCUGGUUCAAAAGAAAAACGGCUUUAAACUCCUGCAGAAAUCAAAUGAUGUGGAGCUGUUUGCGCGCACACUUCAGACUCUGGAACCAAAAACAAAAGAACAAGUGGACGAACUCAAGGCAGCUUUGUGGGCUUUGGGACAUGUUGGAUCCACAAACUGGGGUAUCAACUUUCUUGUAGAAGAAGCAAUCAUUCCAGAAAUAGUUCGUUUGGCCGAAGAUUGUGAUAACUUUGCCAUACGAGGAACAUGCUAUUACGUCCUUGGUUUGAUCGCAAAGACCCGUGAAGGUGCAGACAUCCUUCGAGAGUUAGAAUGGGAGAGCGUUCGACACAUGGGCGAGGAUAAGUGGCCAGUACUGGAGACAUCACUUGAAAACAAAGAAGAGGUAGUUCCCCUCUCUUAUAUCUUAGAACCACAAAGCAAGCCAGCACCAUCAGUGCUCUCAGGUAUCAGCGAGACAGAACGUGCUGGAGGGAUUUACUUAGGAGAAGAAAGCAAAGCUACAGAAGGGUCUACAGCAUAUGACAAGUUCAGCGGGAUAUAUCUUGGAGAGGACAAGGGAUCCAGCAGAAAGACAUCCAUCGAGGAAGCCAGUGAGGGAGGGAUUUUGUCGCUGUGGUACAAAAAUGCAGAAAGACGACGUAAGAUAGCAAGUCGUGAAAGUGGAUUUUACGACGAAAGAAGUGGGGUGUACCUUGGAGAAGAGUCGCCUUCGGUUUCAGAGCCUACAGAUGAAGGCGUAAUAACCCCUGCUCCAGGAGGAAUCCUGGAGCGCCUUUUUACUGAAACUGGACUUGACCUGUCCGCGGUUAAUAAGGAAAGUAAAAUGUCACAUCGAAGGAAUUACAGCGAGGGAAAUUUCUCUGUUGCAACUUUCGGCGAGAAAGAUUCAACAUUCGAGACGUUAGACGUGAAGCGGAGGGCGGUGUCCAAUGUCGAUCGCAUCGGGUCUCCAUUGAAAUCCGUCAGUGAACAUUCUGUUGACGAUGUACGUGUGUCUAAUGGGGUCGGUUUAAGGCCCUUUCAUAAACACACUGGCAGCGCUCCUAGCGAGCAUGUCCCUCAAAUGGACGGGACGAUGUCGGAUGGGGAUCGCACUAACCGUCGUUCUGUUUCCGAAUCGAUUGCUUACUCUGCGCUCAAACCGGAAAUAAGGAACCGCAUGGAAAGCGAAGUGACUGAUAUGUCAUCGUUCCACGUGCGGUCCGGUAGUAACCUGAGCAGUGCGAGUGUGGACAGCGGCGACUUCUUGGAAAUGUCGUAUAUUGCUUCUCGUAGCCGCACGAGCAGCGCGAGCGAAACUGGGGGCUACUUACAACAGGAGAGCCCAACAAGUCAAAGUUUGCUGAGUGUUAAUUCAGACGACACCGCCAAGACCCUUGGCGAGAAGGACCUAAUAUUGGACUCCUCGGCGGACAGCCUUCAGGGGGGCCUCUUGUACGAGUCUCCCACAGCAUACUCCUCGAGUGAGCUUUUAAGGCGCAGCUCAAGUCCUUCGCAAGAAGAUCGCAAACGCCUCCCAAUCAACGAAUUACUACAAAACGAUCUCCAGUCGCGGCAGCGGAGUACAAGCCUCACGGAAAAGCGGCGCAUGGGAAGUCCAUCCCUCGGGAUUAUACCCGAAACUCGUAGCUCCAGUUUUAGCGGGAGUACAGAUUUUUCCAAGAUGGCAAGUAAAAGUCGCUCGAGUUCUGACGCCGAGUUGAUGCAUGUGUCUCCGGUGGAGAAUUUAAACGAUUUGCACGGUAGUAACAGAAGCUUGGCCGAAGUAAAAAUCUUAAGUGAUAAGACUAUCGUCUUUCGUUCAGGAGUCGAAAGCAAAACCAGGGCAAUGAGUGUGGACAGUGCCAGUUCAAGUGGCCUGAGAAGGGACAGGCUUUUGGUGAACAGUAGUCAAAUAAGUGGAGACGAGUCGGAUGGCAAUGUCUCACGCAGCCGAGGCAGUUCCUUUGAAAAGGCGGACUUUGCCCGGAAACUGGGGCUUAAGUCCGGUGAUUUGUCUCGCGUUCGGCGCACGCGCAGCACUAGCAGCGGACAUUCGUCAAAUGAGGGAUUAUCGCCGAAAAAGAUUGUGAAUAAAAAUCGUUUAUUCGGCUCAAAUGAAAACAACACUGUGAUUUCUGGUGACUUGCGACGGAAUUCAUCCGCCAGUUCAGAGGCCUCGCUUUUCACGAGCUCUCGUGAUGCGUUUGGUUACACGGCGCUUAGCACGUUACGGCGUCAGAGAAGUUUUAAUCGUGACCUGGAGAAGAAAGUGAAUGCUUUUGGUACCACUAGAGCAGGCACUUUCCAGUUUCCGCGCUCCAUGUCUGCUGCGGAAUUCUCUUCCACCAAGCGCGAUAGUUUAGCCAGCAUUUCCAGCGCUUUUGAUUUCCGGCAGUUCAAAUCGACGAACAAGAAUAUUGGAAAUGAAUUCCUUGGUCUAUGUCUUCCUCGUGAUUUGAGCUCGCUCUUCCAGACGGAACCAUACGAGUUUCAAGGCUCUUGGGCGGACCAUUUCGUGGCCGCACCUUCUCUUCUUCCACCGUUUGUUGUCAGCUCCACAAAACGAGAGAAUCGUCCCAGCCACGAUAAGUCACGCUGCCUUGGUUGCAUGUACACAAACCGCGUUGGGACUGGAAGGGACAGAACAAAAUCCUCAGAUAACGUGAAUGAUGGAGAGUGGACGAAACUGCCACCUGUGAUGGAAGCAAAUGCUGAAAGUGUCGACUCAACGAUUGCCUUUUCCUUCGCCAAAUCGGAAAGUGACUCUUCUGUAACAGCGACCAGCCUGUUAGCAAAAGGUAGCAAAGUGGAUGAAAACACAACUGAAGGAAAACGACUGUUUCGUGCAGAGAUCCUGCGAAUUGUGGCGUCUCUGAGCAGCGUAGUGGCUUCUCGAGCUCAUCAGGAGGAACUUAAUAAGUUAAGAGAGAAGUGCUCUCAUUUGUUUCAAGAUCUCUGUCUGUACUCUGAAGUGUGUGACAUCUUGGCUUUGUACAAAUUCAAGCUUCACAUCAGGAGAUUUAUCCAGGGACUUUUCGCUAAUGUUAACUUUGACCCGAUCAUCGAGCAGGCAGACCUAGUCCUUGGUAGAGAACAGAGUGACUCUUCCUCUGCGUGACUGGACAUCAUCUGCGUGACUGGACAUCAUCUGCGUUACUGGACAUCAUCUGCGUGACUGGACAUCAUCUGCGUGACUGGACAUCAUCUGCGUGACUGGUUAAGCUCUCUCAACCGAGUGCGUGACUGAAUUCUGGACCUUGUUCGCGCAGUAUUCCAGAAGCCGUGAAAGAUUUUACCACCAAAUCAGAGGAUUCUUUAUAUCCUUAUUCCCUUGGAAAUUCACAAAGACUGAUCAUAGGAAAAUAUGGCACAGAGUGCAUUAAGUAGAGGAGAAUGUUCGUAGUGAUAACACGAUUAAACUACUGUCUUUAAUCCAACUACACAGAUCUUUUUCUCCGUGUGGGAAAUAUGACUAAUCUAGCAUCAGGAUGAAACACACACUCUAACGAAAGAAACUGUAAAUAUAAUCAGGUUCACAAGCUUUACAGCUUUAAAAAUAAUCGUUUUUAAAUAAAGAUUGUGUAUGUGUAGGUAUGUAUUUACUGUCAGAUGGAAAGCGAGAUUAAAGAUCUUCCAUUUUAA